AUGGGGGCUGGCCCAGAGCCUGAAGCCAUGGAGAACAGCCUGAUACUAGGGUUCACGGGGAGAUGUUUGCCUAAUGAGGAGGAAUCUAGAGAAGCAGUCUGGCUACAGCUGCUUUGCCAUGCUGUGGUGAAUUCCGUCCAGUCCGAACCUCUCAUUCUUCUUAGUACUGUCAGAGGAAAAUCGCCUAAACAUCUAAGCUUUAUAAAGCAAGCUAGUGGCUGUCCUUUCCAAUACCUCACUCAGCACACCUUCUGUCACCCGAACAAGCAUCCAAUAAGGAAAAUGAACACACUGCUCCUUGUCAGCUUAUCUCUUCUCUACCUCAAAGAGGUUAUGGGUCUGAAGUGUAAUACCUGCAUAUACACAGAAGGAUGGAAGUGUAUGGCAGGCCGAGGCACUUGCAUUGCAAAAGAAAAUGAGUUAUGUUCAACAACAGCCUAUUUCAGGGGAGACAAACAUAUGUACUCAACACAUACGUGUAAGUAUAAGUGCCGGGAAGAGGAGUCCUCCAAAAGAGGCCUGUUGAGAGUGACACUGUGCUGUGAUAGAAACUUCUGUAACGUCUUCUAAUGGAGCUUAGAAACUUGCAGAGGAUCAUCUGAUCAAGAUCUAGAAUCAAGACCAACCAAUAUGAACUGUUUUAUU